AAUCUUAUGAGAAAAACCCUGACAGGGACAGCUGGGAGUUGUAGUUCCACAGCUCACAUAAGGAUGCGGCACACUUCCCUCCUCCCCUCACUACAGUAUAAGCCAACCAGCGGCCAUUACCGCUCAGCCCCUCAUGACGCGCACAAAAUGGCGGCCGCCGCCGCUUUUCCCGCCACUUUCGCGGGAUGACUGAGAAGCGAUGUCCCGGACGCUGCUGCGGGUGUUACAGGGGCAUUGCGGCGGCUCCAGUGAUGAGGAGGCUGCGGAGUGUGGCCCUCAUGGACCUCCAGCCAUGAUUAUUGGGCCUCCGGGCUACAGAAUGAACGGGCUUAUGUUUAUGGCGGCGGCUCUGGCAGCAGAGGAGGAGGGGGCGGUGAUGUAUCUGUGCCCCGAGCCGCUGCAGACUGUGCCCAAAGCGGGGAGGGCGCCCCGGGACCCCCUCAUACUCAAGCAAAUCCGCUUUGUGUACCCCCCUUCUAUGAGGGAGCUUCUUCAGUUCUUCUCCUCGCUCCACCUAAUGUCUCCUCCUCCUUCCCUCAUCCUGGUUGAUGGACUGGAGCAAUACCUUCCACCCACAUGCACCCUCCAAGAUGGCGCUCAUAUCUCCGCACUAAUGUUUGACUCCAUAUCCCAUUUGCGUUGUGGCCUCUUGGUGUCUGCGGCACCAAACUAUGAAAGAAGUGACGGGGCGUUUCUGGCCGUCGAGCGCUACUUCCCGAAACAGUGCCUGGUGUAUCAUGAUAUAUCAUCUGGAGGUCAGGGGCAAGUGUUCAAAAUUAGCUUCAUGUCUCCAAGACCUCAGUGGAACCUGCACAUGGAGGAAGAUGGGAGUGUACGAGUCAGUUCUUAUGUCACUGUAGGAGACCAAUGCCCUGAAAUUCAGGACUAACAUGAGCCAUGUGACAGAUUUAUUUUAUAGGAUUUUUUAUAUCUAUAAUUUUAUUAUAAGUGUAAUAAAUUGUAAAAUGUCUGGAAAUACUAUUCUUCAUGGUGU